CUGCCGCAGUGUUUUGAUCGUUGCGCAAAUUCCAGUACUGUACCAACACCCACAGCGUCAGCUAAUAUAAUCGGAAGUGGUGAAACACGCUCAAUUUUUGGGACGUCAGUUCCGGAUCCUGAUUCGAAUUCUGCAGCAAAACCCACAACGUCAGCUGCUGUUAUCGAAAGUGGUGAAGAGCGUUCAGCUCCUGGGACGCCAGUCUCACAGUCUGUUGAUUAUCAUGCAGAUUCCAGUUCUGCCGAAACACCCGAAGUGUCAGCUGUUGCUUUCACGGAUAGUCAGGAAAGACGAACGUCUGUGACACCAGUCGAGCAAACAGUGGAUCGUCGUUAUCCAGCAUCAGGUACCUCCUGCUACUAUCAAUUGACAACCGCAACGCCAGCUCUACGUCAAACAGCACAGUCCUCAUCGUCACCAGUACGCAGCAUCGCUCGUGUAACAAGCCAGCCAGCGCCACCUGCUCUUCCGAAAAAACGAAACUUCAACAGGAAAAGUGUGGAAUACAGUGCACCGAUUAAAUUAAAUCACUGCGCCUCCUACACUGUUAUUCAGACCACAGUGGCGCAGGCUAUUGCAGUACUUUCACCUGGCCAAUCUCCUGAGGUAACUGGUAUAGCUCCGGCACUUCUAGCUAUCACUGAUGCCACCGCACUCCACUACGCAGUGCCUAUUGACUAUAGAAAUGCUGGUUUCAGGAAUCUCCAAAUUUUCGACGAAAUCGCAGUCUUGGAAUAUUUUGCCGUUCGCAUCGCCGGAAAUGAGCUACCAUUUCAAGCCAUUUCGCCAGACUUCCAUAUGGAGCAUGGAUUCGACCGACGCGGCGUGGUUCUCAUUGAUGAGAGUGGCAACGAAUUAUUCAGCAACUAUUUGUUCCAGCAGAACGUACGAUGGCAGCGCCCUUAA